AGCUGGGAGGCGUCCUUCUACCCGCCGCGUCACCAGGGGCAGCGUGGUACCGGUGCCUUGGGCAACAUCAUCCAGACCCGUGGGAUUAUCCACUGAGCACCAGGACAUUAACUUAGGCUGCCAAUUUGGGCUAAGUAGUGAUCUUGAGGACCAAGUAACUGCCGUACGUCCAACACAAUGCCGCAGAACGAACACAUUGAGCUUCAUCGCAAGCGCCAUGGACGGCGACUUGAUUUUGAGGAACGGAAAAGGAAAAAGGAGGCUCGUGAACCUCACGAAAGAUCGGCCAAAGCUAAGAAGAUAUUUGGAUUAAAGGCCAAAUUGUACCACAAGCAGCGCUGCUCUGAGAAGAUACAGAUGAAGAAAACUAUUAAAGCUCAUGAAGCAAAGUUAACAAAACAGAAGGACACAGAUGCUGUACCAGAGGGAGCGGUGCCUUCCUACCUCUUGGACCGUGAGGGACAGUCUCGUGCCAAAGUCUUGUCAAAUAUGAUUAAACAGAAGAGGAAGGAAAAGGCCGGUAAAUGGGACGUCCCCAUUCCCAAAGUCCGAGCACAGUCCGAGGCAGAAGUGUUCAGAGUUGUUAAAUCCGGCAAGAGAAAGUCGAAGGCCUGGAAACGUAUGGUCACCAAAGUAACAUUCGUGGGAGAUCAGUUCACCAGGAAGCCGCCCAAGUUUGAAAGGUUCAUUCGACCAAUGGCUCUGAGAUUUAAAAAAGCUCACGUAACUCAUCCAGAAUUAAAGGCAACCUUUUGUCUUCCUAUUAUUGGGGUGAAGAAGAACCCCAGUUCAUCCACAUACACAUCUCUUGGUGUUAUAACUAAAGGCACAGUUAUUGAAGUUAACAUUAGUGAACUUGGUCUUGUUACUCAGAGUGGUAAAGUUGUGUGGGGUAAAUAUGCCCAGGUUACUAAUAACCCAGAGAACGAUGGUUGUAUCAAUGCUGUUCUCUUGAUUUUUGUGAAGACAUUGACCGGGAAGACCAUCACCCUUGAGGUCGAACCAUCGGAUACUAUCGAAAAUGUGAAGGCCAAGAUCCAAGACAAGGAGGGCAUCCCUCCCGACCAACAGCGUCUGAUCUUUGCUGGGAAACAGCUUGAGGAUGGCCGCACUCUGUCAGACUACAACAUCCAGAAAGAGUCUACCCUCCACCUUGUUCUGCGGCUUCGUGGUGGAGCCAAGAAGCGCAAGAAGAAGAACUACACCACUCCCAAGAAGAUCAAGCACAAGCAUAAGAAAGUCAAGCUGGCUGUGCUCAAGUAUUACAAGGUGGACGAUAAUGGCAAGAUCACCCGUCAGCGCCGCGAGUGUCCCAGUGAGGAGUGUGGAGCCGGUGUGUUUAUGGCAAACAUGUUUGACCGCCAGUAUUGUGGUCGAUGCCAUCUGACAUACGUUUUCAACAAACCUGAAUAAAUUGGUUCAUGGUAA